UAAGACUCUCUCUCUGAGCUUCUCCCCCGUCAGAAGCGCUGCGCCACCGGGAACCAUGGCGCAUGUUUUUACGCACAAAGCUCCAUCCAACAACUCUCCCGUGAUCACAUAUUUGUAAUCCAUGUCUGAUUUUGGAGAUUCAGCGAGUUCUGUAAUGAGUUUUCUCUUUCUUUUAUCCGUGGAAAUGCUCCGUCCAGAUCCUUAAAGUGUGGUUAAUAUGAACUUAUUGCCAAGUGGAAUAUGUUUUUAUUUAUCUGUAGCAAUCGGCUGGCUGACGGCCGAGGUCGAUGCGUCCUGGUGGUACAUGGGCACCCUGGGGUCUCAGGUGAUGUGCGACAACAUCCCCGGCCUGGUGAACCGGCAGAGGCAGCUGUGCCGGCAGAACCCCCGCGUGAUGCAGGCCAUCGGGGCCGGCAUGAAGGACUGGAUCUCUGAGUGCCAGCACCAGUUCAGAAACCACCGCUGGAACUGCACCGCCACGGCCAGGGAGCAGCUGUUCGGACGCCUGCUGCUGAGGAGUAGUCGAGAGGUGGCCUUCAUGUACGCCAUCUCCUCAGCCGGGGUGGUCUACACGCUGGCUCGGGCCUGCUCUCAGGGGGACCUGGACUCCUGCUCCUGCGACCCCACCAAGACGGGCUCGUCCCGGGACUCCCGAGGGUCCUUCGACUGGGGGGGGUGCAGCGACCACGUGGAGCACGCCGUGCGCUUCAGCCAGGGCUUCGUGGACGCCAAGGAGAGGAAGCAGAGGGACGGGCGGGCGCUGAUGAACCUGCACAACAACCGGGCCGGCAGGAAGGCGGUGCGGCGCUUCAUGUCUCUGGAGUGUAAAUGUCACGGGGUCAGCGGCUCCUGCAGCGUUCGGACCUGCUGGCUGGCGAUGGCCGACUUCAGGCUGACCGGAGAUCACCUGAAGAAGAGGUACAGAGGCGCCGUGCAGGUGAACGUCAACCAGGACGGCACCGGCUUCACACACACACACACACACUUCAAGAGGCCCAGCAAGAACGACCUGGUGUACUUCGAGGACUCGCCGGACUACUGCGUACGAGACCACGAGUCAGGCUGGAUGGGUACGGGGGGGCGUCAGUGUAACCGGACGUCCCGUGGAGCAGACGGCUGCGAGGUGCUGUGCUGCGGCCGCGGAUACGACACGUCGAGGGUCAGCCGCACCACGCAGUGCGAGUGCAAGUUCCACUGGUGCUGCGACGUCAUCUGUAGAGACUGUGAAGAGACCAUCGACCUGAACACCUGCAAGGGACACACGUGACCCGCUGAACUCUCAUUGGUCCAGAGGAAACACCUGCAAGGGACACACGUGACCCGCUGAACUCUCAUUGGUCCAGAGGAAACACCUGCAAGGGACACACGUGACCCGCUGAACUCUCAUUGGUCCAGAGGAAACACCUGCAAGGGACACACGUGACCCGCUGAACUCUCAUUGGUCCAGAGGAAACACCUGCAAGGGACACACAUUUGACCUGCUGAACUCUGAUUGGUCCAGAGAGGAAAAUACCUGCAAGGAACACAUUUGACCCGCUGAACUCUGAUUGGUCCAGAGGAAACACCUGCAAGGGACCAGGAAACACUCUUUAAUCCAUAAGAAACACACCAAACUGAUCCAGAGGGAACACUGUGGAAAAACACUGAUCCUGUCCAAGGGUGCAGGAGAGAGAGAGACACACACACACCCUUGUAGACACAUAUGUAACUCCA